GGAGCCACGUAGUGCGGAUACUGGAGGCAGCAACAGUGCAGCAGCACCAGCACCAGCAGCAGCAGCUGCAGCAGCACCAGCAGCAGCACCAGCAGCAGCUGCAGCUGCAGCUGCUGGCUCGCCUUGUAUGGCGGAAGGUUGGGGCUUCCGUUUCCUCUCUAACCCCAGCAGAGCUGGGCAGGGCCGUCUUAGCGUUUAAUGGCUGCGGCCUUCGUUUGCCACUUUUAUUUCAACAAAUUGAAGAAAGAGCUUUGGCGGCUAAGGAGCCCUUUCCCGUCUCCGACGCCUUGACGCUGUUUCGAGGGUUUGCAGCUGCAGCUUUCAGCUGCGAUAAUUUGCUGCAGAAAUUCGAGCCGCUGCUGCAGCAGCACGCCCAGAGCUUCACCAGGAAAGAAGUGCAGCUGCUGCAGCAAAUCUUGUCCGAAGCAGAAGAGACAAAAUUUGGAGCCUUAAGAGAGGCUUUAGCAGCUCGCUAA